AUGGCACGACGCUUUUCCACGACCUAUAUGCCUUGGGGGACAUACGGUUCAGAUUCAGACUCUGCAGAUGAAACACCUGUGUCUCCCAAAAAGAGUCCAUCGAAGCCAUUUUUGUCAACAGAUCUCGAGUACAAAGAUUCAAGGUCUGAGAUCGACAUCGAUGAACUAGCUGACCUUGAACCUGCGAAGCAAGAUGAUGAGUUCAACCAGGUGCUGAUAUUCUACAUAAGCGGCCUCGACGGUAAACAUCCAAAAGGAGACUCUCCUACUCCUGAACUUGACAAAUUUCCCCAGGCGUUUGUCUUUCGGCCUGCAUUCACGGCUGAGACACUUUCCACGGUCGAUGGUAUCAUGAGCUUGUCUACGCAGCUUCUAGAAUUCGUUGUGCAUAAAUUGAAAGAGCCUCAGUCGUCGGACAGCAUUGACCCUCCAGCUAUCAUCUUCCUUGCAAGGGAUCUCGGCGGGUCAGUUCUGAAGAAGACAUUGAUAAAAGCCUCUCGCGAAGAUAACUUUGGUCACAUCGUUGAGCGUACCACCAAUAUAUUCUUCUUUGGAACACCGCAUCGGGCCUCGUCUGAACAUCCAUGGGAGCAAACUAUGAGUGAUCUAAUCUUUCAUUGCCCAAAGUCGACAUGCUCUGCAGAUUCCCUCGCGGUGGCACGUUCACUUGUCAAGAUCCAUGAAGAUCUCGCAACAGAAUUUGAUUUGCUCUGUUCCCGAUCCAGGCUAGGAAUAACGAAUUACUACCAGAAAUCACAUAAAGAUCUGGCCCCGGCCGUACUCCUCCCACGAGCUGUUGCAACGCUAGGGUACGACAAUGAGUACCAAAUUGGUUGUUAUGAGAGGCACGAGAUGCUUGCCAACCUAUCACGGCCAGAUGUGGAGACGCAUCUCCUCUCUGUACUCAGCAUCCUCAAAGCCCGGAUUAAAAGCGAAUAUAAAUCCAGGCUUAAUUUAUUAUCACGACACGAUUAUCUCGUUUCAACUUUCAGUCGCUCUACUGUCAUUUACGGCGAUCUUUAUGAGGAACUCUUCAGAAGUGAGACAAUGAUACAGUUCCUACAGAGAUAUCAGUCAGUACCUGGAUCCACUACAAUGGUCACGGACAGUACGGAGCCCACUUCGGGUACGGCUGAAGAUUCUCAAACUGGAAUUCCUACAAGAAGUCUUCAGUCAAUUGGCUACUCUAUACAGAUUCUGGAACUCCACGGCCUCGAUUUCGAAUCAGCCAAUUUUAAGAAAUCGUUACUGGGAACAAUCCUUGAACAGAAUACCCAAUAUCCAAACCUGGUUGAUUUCAUAACCGUGGCUUGCGACAUUUCAAAGCGAGCUCCCUUGACAAAGGUAGAUCUCCUUGUCUCUAUUGCUCGUCAGCAUCUCAUACUACAUCCCGAGAUUUCUCUUCCCACAGACGGCCUGUUCAAUGAGCUCGAAGCUGCUCUCGGGACAGACAAUUCGAUCUGGAAAGAGGCUGCAAUAUGGAGCCUUGUCCAGACUCUACUUGGAUGCCCUGAGUCGCGAAGGACCUUUGUCAUAAUAUUGGUUCCAUCGGAUGAGAAAAUUUCCAAAGUAUUCACCGACCUCGUGUCGGAUAUUCUAUCUUGGACAUCCCAUGUUGAGAUCAGCUGCAAGGUGCUCGUGGUUCAAGGGCCGAACGCAAAUCUGGAGCAGGAGGUCAUCAAUACACGAGCAGGGAGUAGUGGCAUUCUCUUCAAACCGAAUCUGGAUUGUCUAGACAAAGUUGUUCAAAGGAUGAGCCAAGCUAUCUUUCAAUGUCCCCAUCUUUCUCUGUUACAGCCGCAUGCCAUUGAACUAUUUGAGAAUGUUCGUCUAUUAUCGAUUGAACAGUGCAGCUCAAUACUACAAAGCCGGCCUCUUUCUUCUACUAUGUGGUCAGAUUCCACAGAGGUAUCUAAUGCCGAUCAAAUUCUCAUCGAUCUCAUCUUUGAUCAAGUUCCGCAACCAGCAAGAUCAUGGUUCCAAACCGGACUGAUGUGGGUUGUAUAUGCGGUUAGACCAUUGGCUCACUCUGAAUUGGUAUUUCUUUUGCAUCUGGACUAUGAUGAUGACACCAUUUCCAAAACCCAUUUUCAAGAUUUUCUAAGACUAGCCAUUGGCAUCGUUGAAGAUGAUGGGUUUUCCCUUCGCCUUUCCAACUUCGGGACCCGAAAACUCCUCUAUGAAAGGCUGGCUGGUCAUGGAAAGAAACCUGGUUUUAGCCCUCAAGCGAACAACAUAGCUGCGACUGAAGAGUCAGGUUAUUCGGAUGAAUGGUACCACUCAGACGUUCACCCUGACUUACUUGUUGCUCAAAAGUGCAUGGAAGUCCUACACCAAUACUAUAUCAUAAGUUCCACGUCACAAUCAGAUGUCACAGCGUCAGGGAAUAGUCAAGACAGCCCCUCUACCGAUAGCAUGAACUCUGAGAUGAGAGUACGUGACAUGGAUAUGUCACCAUUCCUUUCAUACUCAACAGAGAAUCUUCUUGCUCAUAUUCGAUUAUGGUGCGAAGAGCAUCAUGAUGGUUCGAAUUCACAAGAGGCGCUUGAAAGUCUGUACACUGUCGUGGAGGUCCUUAAUGAUCAUCAGUUCGUCAACUGGUUCAUACAGAGACGGAGGUCUGUCAAAUGUGACGGCGGUUUAUCCUCCGAGCCUUUCGAUGUCCCAAACCUAGUCGACUUGCUUGACCUGAGUCUUAAGAAUGUUCAAGAUAUUAUGCGAAUCAUCAAGAUCCUGCAGUGUCUCUAUAAUCUGAAUGCGAACACUUCUCGAAGCAAUAUCUUCUAUUUGGUCAUUGUCCUAGCCCAGCUCGGAGAUACCAAAGGGCUAUCAAAGUUCCACGAUUCCACUUUUGGAUCUGAGACCUUGAGAAACGUCUUCCAGACCGGUGCCGACACUACCUUGUGCUAUCUCAGCGACAGGUUUCCAGGUUUUGUCCGUGAUAAUCUACAAGACAUUAUUCGAAGGUCUCUUGUUCUUGGAAACAGGCAACUUCUUCAGCAACUUGUUAGCGAAUACGAAGUUUCUCCACCGGUCGAUGUUUCCAGCUCGGAGUUUCUUCACAGCAUCGCACAAAUUGGAAGAAAUAUUCUACCCGAGGAUAUCUGGAAUAGAUUCCGAUCAUUAUAUAACACUAUGUCGAAUGAAAGCGUCACUACUAUCUUCCAUCUUGCGGUCCGUUUAGGAUAUAUCGAUACUGUCGGCCUUGUCACCUCCGAAACCCUGAACAAGCCUGGCCUAUCGGGAGAUACGCUGUUGCAUGUCGCAAUGGAAUAUGGAGACUAUGCCAUUGCCGCGAAGCUACUACUUUCCGGGGCUGAUCUAUCUCCAGUGGGCCGAUGUUCUAGAACACCUCUACAUAUAGCUUGCGCAAAUGGCUUUUCAGAUCUUGUCAACCUUCUUCUUCGUUCCAAAUCUUCCCACCUUCGUAUCAGCGCCUUUGAUGAAGAUGGCAAUACACCAUUGCAUCUUGCUCUUUCAUCCCAUCAUUCGGAUGCAGCAGAAAGGAUCUUAAGCAGUUCGCCGUCAAUAGUGACUCCAGGAGAACGCCAUAAUCUUGGUGUUAAUUGUCGCAACUCAGAUGGAUAUACUCCGCUCAUUCUUGCUAUCGAACAGGGCAACAUCCAUAUGGUCAAUAGCCUCCUUAUCUACGGGGCGGACUAUCGCAUCCAUGACAAUAAAUCACGAUAUCCGGUCCAUUUCUCAGCUGCCCUGGACGAUCCUGCUAUUCUGAUCCGUCUGCUCGAAGAAAGUGACAUACAAGUUGAACGUUAUCUUGACGAGGAACGUAAUACCGCCUUUCACGUGUCAACUUCUCGAGGGCACUUCAGUAUGUCGAAGAUGUUGCUAUCUAAGAAUGCUGAUCGCAAUCUCCUAAACGUCUACGACCGGAGCCCGUUCUCCCUCGCGUGUGCCAGAGGACUUAUAAGUAAUAUCAAGCCAAUGGUUCAUGCUUGUAACCCCCGAAGCCUUGCAAACGGACUGGUAGAGGCAGUUUUAGCUGGGUAUCACGAUGUAGCUCAGCUCCUCUUGACUAGUGGGGCUGAUGUGAAUUCGAUUGAAAGCAAAACCGAGUUAUCUGUGCUGCAUCUUGCAGUCAUCAGCUCUGACGUAUUGAUGGUUCAGAUCCUUCUACUAAGGCGAGCCAAACUUGACAUUAUCGACUCGAACGGGCAUACGCCGUUACACAUUGCGGCCCGUGACCAAGCUGUUGAAUGUCUAGAGCUUUUGGUCAAUGCUGGUGCUGGCCUUGAUGUAAUUGAUCCAGGCGGAGCCACAGCUUUGUCCAUAGCUAUAGAACAUAAACAUGAGCGUUGUGUCGAUGUCCUCCUCAAUCCACAGGCAGAAAUCGAUGCUGAAAAGUUGAUCAAGUUGUUAGAGGUUGCCAUGAUCGAGUACAAAGCUGAUGUUGUUUACAAAAUGUUGACUCGCUUUUCAGACAGUGAGUGGGUCAUUUCGGACAACCUCCUUUUGUCUCUCCUGAAAGACGGCAUUGAGGUUCAAGACAAGCUUAAGAUCCUUUUUGACAGGGGUCUAGCUCAUGACCAUAAGAUCGGCGAUGGGGGGACCAUGCUACACUAUGCUGCCUUGUGGGGCCAGCCCCAUCUUGUUGAUUUUCUCAUCGAAUGCAAAGCAGACCUCAAUGUUGUGCACAAACAAUGGGGUACUCCGCUUCAAAUUGCCUCGGAGAAUGGGCACUCUAACGCAUUGAGGAUUGUGAAGGCUCUAUUGCAAGCUAAUGCAAUAGCAAAUAUUGGGGCUGGAUUUUGGGGCGCUCCUCUGCACGCCGCUGCAGGUAUGCCCCGUUCGAAUGAAUACAUCUAUGUCGCCGUGGCUGUUGCUAUAAUGGAUAAAUAUCCAGAAACCCUACAUCACAUAGCCGGUACUUGGCCGACCGUACUACAAGCUGCUAUUGCUAAUGGGACUACGGGAAUGAUCGAUCUUAUACUUUCAAGGAAGCCGAGGUUCGAUGUGGUCGCGGGAACCUGGGGAACACCACUACAUCUUGCAGUCAAACGGGGUUAUUAUAUCGAAACAUUUUUCCUUCUCCACGACGGUGAUAAAUCGCAACUUGCCACCAGAGACCACGAGGGCAGACUCCCACAUCACUUGGCAUGUCAGAAGGGCAGAUCAUAUGAACGCAUCGGAAGUCUUCUGAAAAGGAUGUUCAAGAGGGCGGGCUAUUCCUUCGAUCCAUUAACCGUGGACCGUCAACAACGCCAUAUGUUCCAUUUCUAUGCUGCACAUGGCAAUCAUUCGAUGUUGGAAGAUCUAAUCUCUGAGAGUCCUGAUGCUAUCGAUGCCUGCGAUAUAGACGGUUGGACGCCGCUCCAUUGGGCCUGCCGCCAAGGAGAUCCUGAAACAAUCAAGCUGCUUAUAGACAAUCAUGCAAAUCAAAGAGCUUUGACCAAGCAAGGUUAUCUCCCCCUCGACGUCGCCAAACAUCACGGGUUGGAUUUGGAUCAGAAUCCGAAACUACUAGACCACUUCGAGCCUGACGAUAUUGACAAUGCGAGUUCUAUUUCCCGAGAAAUGUUCCUACGACCAGUCAAGGAAUUCAUUAAUUUCAGCUGCGACUCCUUUCUAUGCUUCUAA